GCCGGUAUGGGACCGGCUCCCGGCUCCGAGCGCUGAGCAGCGACACAAGGAGUCCAGGUGGGAAUUCCACAUCGAGGUGAGUGAAUCAUCCUCAGUGUCCCCAGAAUGUGUAAGCAGGCGGCUGCGGGCUCCGGUGAGGGUGCAAGUACCAGCACCUCUGGCUUCUUUACAGGAACGCAGUCACGUCAGUGAGGUGCAGGAACAAAUCGUUUCUUUGUGUAUGGUGCUUUGCUUUUAUUCUUUGAAUACCACUGAGUUGUCUGGGGAUUUGUAUGACACAUGAACUUAAUUCAAGUAUGCAGUUCACUAAAGGAUCCUUUUCCCACUAAAAUGCAUCCUCACAGAGCAGACACACUGAUCAAGAGGAGCGACAUCAUGGCUCUUUAUAUGGACAUGGUCGGGAUUUUGGUGGCUGCAGACUCUUCUUGGUAAAUUCAUCUAAUUCACUUUAGGCUGCCCCUGCCAGCCUGAAUUACUUUAUUAUCAUUUCCAUGGAGGGAAAUUGUAUUCGAUGUAAGAAAGAAUAACAAUCUACACUCAGAGUAAGGUGUUGAGACUGAGAAAUUCCCAAGCAGUGUAUAGAACACAGCAGUGGAGAGCUGGAGCAUGAAAAGAUGUGGAAGAUGCAAAAUGCAGAGAUGCCAGAGGCCAGGAGAGCCCGGGACAGCUGAUCCUUCCCCACAUACGCCACCACAGAGCUGGGCAGAAUGCCUGCCAGGCAAGAGAGGAACCUGGUAGCUCCACUAAAACUGAAUUUAUUGCAGUGAGUCUAUGCACACAAAACAAAGGCAUCACUGACCCAGAAGGAUUAGCCUAAGUCUAGGUAUAGUCAAGACUGAGUUUAAAAGCAGCCUUGUGAUACUUCUUUCUUUAGGGAAAUCGGGCCUCUGAGGAAGGAGCAGGUUUAUCACUUUAAGGCAGAUUCUAAAAUUACUUAGGUGUGCAAAUAUUGGAAGCUCAUAAUGCAAACUUCCAAGUCCCAUUGGAAGUAGACUCCAAAAUGACGUAACUUACUGACAAUCCCUUUACAUUCCCAAACCUUAUCUUUAGCAUUUAUAGUGGUCUAGAUCACUUGUGUUUCAAUUUCACCCUCUGUAAAGUGAACUCAUGGCACUUUUAUACAGUAGAAGGAGGUUUAAUGAGAAGAAUUAUACAAAUGAAUAAUGAAUUUUUUGCAACUCGUUAAUUAUCUUUUUCUGGAAACAGGGUUGCUCUUCAUGAGCCAAUAUUACUGCUGAAUUACUUAAACGUUACGGAAAUCUACUGAGUCAGUUUCUCCCUGCUUCUCAAAAUAAAAGCUUGCUCAUGUUUUCCCACUAAGAAAUUAUUCAGAAAAAUAAUUGUAAAAGGUUAAUCAACUAUAAUGAUUUAGAGUGUAGGCCAAAGUCCUCUGUGAUUGGUCAAUAUAUUGUUACUCAUUAUGUUAAAUAUUAAACCAAACAGCUCCUCGUAUCCAGGACUCUCCAGACACAUCCCAAGUAUGAAGGAUUAUUCUGACAGGUCUUCCUUCAUAUUCCUUACUCACAUUUUAGGCUUUGCUUGCUAUUUCCCUUUUUCCAAUUUCACAUAAGCUAAAAUAUUAUUUUAGUAUAGGUCAUAAAAAUUAACAUUGAGCUAGUAUUGUACUAAUUUUUGAAGGAAAACAUUAGAAAAUCAUUGCCAUUCUAUUAUUUAUUUAUUUCUUGGAUAAAAAUACCUUCAAAUAUAUAAAUAUUCUGAUUUCUCCUCAUAUCAAGGCUAACUUGGAUAAACUACACAUCAAUUUUGCCACUGACUUCAGCUGUGGAAGCAGUGGGUUAUAGAAACAUAAGAAACAAAGACAGAAAAAGUGAUGCAGAGCAUGCAUGAGUUUUGUAUGCAGCAUGAAGAAUGACCAGUUUCUGGAUCACCAGAGGAAAGUGUGUCUCAGCUUCCACAUUGGAGCUACUCUGCAACAGAAACUCACAUGUUCAGAGUCAGGAACUGCUUGUUAUGACACAACAGACUCAUCCCCAGCAGGCAGCCUGCAGCAUCCUGCCAGCGCCCAGGGAAAGGUGGGAGAUGUGACAGCAACCACUACAAUUCCCUAUAGGUAAAAAAUACUGCCAGCAGUAGCAGGAACAGGGAAAACUGCAAGAGGCUUUUUUGACUCUGCAGAUGCUGAGCAGAGAUGUUCCCCAAGAGCUCUUCUUUCUGCCAGGGGAGCCCAUGGAGGCUCACACCUCCUGGGCACUCAGUUAAGUUCAUUUCCUUCAAAAAAGUCAGAAAUACGGGUAAUCUCUUUAGUGCUUUCACAGACUAUGUGACUGUACAUACAGUUGCAAACUCUGUAAAAAUUAACUAAGCAGAACCAGAGGCAAAGUCAUAAAUUAGGCCACAAAGGCAGUGGCUGUGAUGUCUAUUUGUUAUAUGAUACUGUUUGUAUCUUUGAGCUGUGGUCGCCAUUUUUUGGAUGAUGUUUCUGUUCAUCCCAUACUUCUCUUCAUUUCGGCUUAAAAACAUUAUUUACUAGGAAAAGGUUCUUCUUGAGGAUGGCUGGGCACUGAAACAGCUCCCCAGGGAAGUAGUCACAGCACCAAGCCUGACAGAGUUCAAGGAAUGUUUGGAUAAUGCUCACAGGCACAUGGUGCACUCCUGUGCAGGACCAGGAGCUGGACUUUUAUUCUCCCUGUAUGUCCCUUCCAAGUCAGGAUAUUCCGUGAUCAUCUGAGAAUCUUUGGGACACAGCAGCACCUGCUGAGCAUGCAGGACAGUGCUGUACCAUGUGUGGGGCUGCUUCAAGCUGCCAAGUCCAUCAAGGAGCACCUCUCCUAUGAGGAAAGGCUGGCUCUUCUCGGUGGUGCCAAGGAGUAAGAUGUACAGGAAGCGCCGCCUGAAUACGGGGAAUAACUUAUUUACUGCGUAGGCAACCACACAUUGAAACAGGCAGCCUAGACAGGGUGUGGAAUCCCUCACUGGAGAUGGUUCAAGAACCGUCUGGAUGCAAUCCUGUGCCGUCCAUUUGAGCAGAGAGGCCGCACAGAUGACCCACUGUGCUCCCUCCCAGCCUGACCCAUCCUGUGCCUCUGCAGAGAAUCACAGUGUUACCGGCUCCGCCCCGCACAGCGCUGCCCCGCACAGUGGAGAGCAGCUGAGAACAGGACUCGUUCCUCGGGCAGAAAGGGCAGGCGGGGCAGGAGGCCGGGACGAGCGUUCAGGGGCCGCAGGAAGGCCCCACGGCCGCGGGAAGACCCCACAGCCGCGCAGCCCCCUCCGAGCCCCGAACAGUAGCGGGGCGGGGCGGGGCGGGGCGGGGCGAACGGGCACGGCCCCGCCCACCGGCGCGAGCAGGAAACUCCCGCCGUUGCCUUACAAGGGCAGGCGCGCGACUCCCUCCGCCCCGCGCCCUUGGAAUGCGGUGACCACACCGCGCUGCACCAACGCGUCGCCGAGGGAGGGGCCACAGAGGGUGGAACGGCUGGGUUCGCGGCCGUCUUUCUCCCUCAAGGAAUGAAGAGGCCCCAGGGAAAGAACGCGAAGCACUCGGGCCGCCGCGGGUCGUCUCCCCGGCACGGCUUGUGGCGCCUGGCAGCCGAAGCGAUGAGCGAAGCCGCCACUUCCCCCUCCUGCGCAGAUGGUCUCGCCCACAGCUUCCUUCCUGCCCGGCGGGGCGGUGGCCGCUCCGCUCUCCGGAAGUGCCGCUCCAGCCGCUCCCCGCCGGUGCCGUCUGCCGCCGCCAGACAGGCUGUGUUGACUCCUUGGUGCUGGAUUUUGAGAACCAACGGCCACCAUGUCUAGCAAAAGGGCAAAGACAAAGACCACCAAGAAGCGCCCUCAGCGCGCCACUUCCAAUGUAUUUGCGAUGUUUGAUCAGUCGCAGAUCCAGGAAUUCAAGGAGGCCUUCAACAUGAUCGACCAGAACAGGGAUGGCUUCAUUGACAAAGAGGAUCUGCACGACAUGCUCGCCUCCCUUGGAAAGAAUCCAACGGAUGAAUACCUAGAUGCCAUGAUGAAUGAGGCUCCGGGCCCCAUCAACUUCACCAUGUUCCUCACCAUGUUUGGUGAGAAGUUAAAUGGCACUGACCCCGAGGAUGUCAUCAGGAAUGCUUUUGCCUGCUUCGAUGAAGAAGCAACAGGGUUCAUCCAAGAAGACUACCUGCGGGAGCUGCUGACCACGAUGGGAGACAGGUUCACAGAUGAAGAGGUGGAUGAGCUGUACAGAGAGGCCCCCAUCGACAAAAAGGGCAAUUUCAACUACAUCGAAUUCACGCGCAUCCUGAAACAUGGAGCAAAAGACAAGGAUGACUGAGCACAUCCCUGGAUACCUGCAGAUUAUCUCAACAUUCAUGUUUAUGUGUAACGGUUUCUUCCUCAUAGAACUUGUUGCAUGCAUUUAGCUCCAAAGCUUUUGUCUUUUUCAAUCUAUUUAUCUAUUCCAGGCCAUUUAGGCACAUUUGCACCUGUAAUCAGACUGGAAGUGGGGAAAAUAUUGUGAGGGAAAGGCUACAGGACAAACAUUCCCUGGAGUUGAUAGUCCAGGAAAAUAAUCUCAAUGUUUCUGGUUUAGCUGGAUUUUUACAUUUUUGUAAUAAAUGCCAUUUUGAAAUAAAGAUUGCUAUAUAGAUAAAAUACCUCAAAAUCUUUUGUGAAGAAUGACAUUUCUAUUAUGCAUUUACAAAUGCAGCUGUGUUCAUUGCAUUUUCCUUGCAGAUGCAAGGCAAGCUAGAAAACUCAUUUUCAUAGUGUUUUGUUCAGUGUCACAGGGUUCUGAAAUGCUCCUAGCAGUAGCUGCUGGCAUCUUUAAAAAUGCAGCUGCAGAAGUCUUUCAUCUCAGGUUUUUGAAGUGGGAUCUGACUACUAUAUAAGUAGUUAACUAAAGAAAUGUUUAGGGAAGAUGGUUACAAUUUCCUCAUGGGCAGCAGAGAACAUGCCCAGCUUUUGUUUCCUUUUAAUACUGCUGGGUUUUCUAGCAGUACUUUCAUGUCUUAAGUGUGCAUUCUUCUUUGCUAAGUAAGGGGGAAUAGGGCAUACUUUUUCCCUUCUGCUGAAGGAAGUUUGUGCAAAGCAAUCUGUGCUAGCACUAAUUAAUAGCAAUACAUGGCCAGAAAACUUACAUAAAGCUUCAUUUUUCUACAGCUAAUUCAUUUCUAUGUGAGAAUAUAUGAGCCAAGUAAUUCUGAGAAUUAACUUGGUAAAAGCCUAUAGGUGCUAAAGUUGCUCUCACUUUCUAAAAUAUCAUUCCUCAGUUAUAUUGGUAAGAUGGCUUUUAAUCAAGCACAGUCAGUCAUUCAGAACUGGUUGUGCUGAUGAUGUCUCAAAUACAUAGAAAAGAGGGGGUGGUUCUGUUAUUUUUUUAGAUAUGACCAUGCUCUUCUGUGUGCCUCAUUCUCUUGGCUACUGCAAGUUAGAAAGCAGAAGAAUUUAUUUUGCCUAUGUAUUUUUCAAUUAAAAUAAUGACCGCUUGCCCUCAGCUGUAUCACACAACUUAAGACCCCAAGAAGUAGGAAUUCAGCAAAAUGAAUUGUAAAGGCUCUUAUGGCUUGUCCUGUAAGGUGGGUUUGUCUCCUUUCGUGUGUGAUAGCAUGAAGACUUGGUUACUUCAUCUUGUUUGUGUUUCCA